GUCGGUGCAAUUCAAACUUUCACGUUUGUUUCCCGGAAGCUACUGCUUUGUUUUUCUAUUGCGCUAACGAUACAGCUUUUGCUGUGUUCCACUACAACCGCUUAGUAACCAAAGGCCUACUGGUAUAUAUCAAACCCCAACACCGUUCUUGACCUUCAUUAGUGCCACCCCACUCUCCUAUACCAUGGAUCGUUUCCUCGCCCCAAAUACCUCAGAGGCAUUGGCCCACACCCAUUUGACUGAAAAUUGGUUCACCUGGGACCAAGACCAUCCUUCGUUCAAUGAGACCCUCGUUGCAGGAUGUGCAUCCUACCAAGCAUUCACGCGCUACCUCUCAGGCUCUGACCUAUUCAUCGUACCUCGCUCCUGUAGGGAACUCGAAGGUGUUUUGCGACGUUACGCGUAUGACAGUAUACACAAUGCCAUAGCAGUGUCUAGACAAACCCUUCAAAGAGGUGGAUACAGUCGAACGUGCUCCCUCGCAGAAAAGUCAAUUCGCGACGUUCUAAAUACGAAUGACAAUGCAACCGUCCUCCUCGCUUUACAUGCGCCGCCCGCCGAGGCUUUCUCAGGAGCGGACGUAUCUCUGCCGAAUUCAAACACCCGCAUCAGGACAUGAUGCCAUUUUCAUCGCAUCAGCUCGCUUCAUUCCACCUUCUUAUCCUCGGCUCCCCACUGAUAUUUUUUUCGACCGUGGCUUGUUGAGAUCCUGGCUUCGUUACCCUCUCGAUUAUCUAUAAUCGCAUCUGUAUCAUUCCCCGCACCGAGUUACUUCUACAAAUUUGUAUGUACUAGUGUAAUUCUGUCAUCCCCUCCUGUUGCAAUUCGUUAGAUUGAACUUUGAACCUUGAUGACGUUACCGUUCAGGGGAUCCAAAA